AUGAUUGGGCUGAAUAUGAAAAAUAUCCUGGUGGUGUCCUGUGGGUUCGUAUGUCUUUUCACAGCAUAUGGAGGCCUACAGAACGUACAGAGUAGUCUGAACGCUGAGCAGGGGAUGGGUGUCACCUCCCUGAGUGUGAUCUAUGGCGCCCUCGUCCUGUCCUCCAUGUUUGUGCCGCCCAUCCUCAUCAAGAACCUGGGCUGCAAGUGGACCAUCGUGGCCUCCAUGGGCUGCUAUGUGACAUACUCCUGUGGAAACCUCUAUCCAGGCUGGGCGACUCUGAUCCCCACUUCUGCUGUGCUGGGUGCGGCUGGCGGCCCCUUGUGGUCAGCCAAGUGCACCUACCUGGCCAUGACUGCCCACCUGCAGGCCGAGAGAGAGGGGAGGGACAGCAGCAGAGCCCAGGACCUUCUCAACCAGUACUUUGGCAUUUUCUUUGCCAUGUUCCAGUCAUCUGCUGUGUGGGGAAACCUCCUGUCCUCCCUCAUCUUCAGUCAAGACACACACAUAGCUGAGAUUCCAGAGGAGGCGCUGCAGUACUGUGGAGUGGGCUUAUGUGUGGAUGACUUCAUCCAGUCGGGGAACUUUACCCGGCCGGAGCAGAAACUAGUAUACACACUCCUGGGCUGCUACAUCGGUGUGGGACUGCUGGCCGUGGCUCUGGUGGCCCUGUUCCUGGACAACAUUGACAGAGACGUGGCCAAGGAGUUCAGGGGGAACAGAGAACCGUUCUGUAGUACGUUCCUGGCCACGGUUACACUCCUGAGGGACAAGAAACUCCUUCUGCUCAUCCCAGUGACGAUCUACAGUGGGCUGCAACAGAGCUUCCUCUGGGGAGAGUACACUAAGAACUACGUCACCUGUGCUCUGGGGAUACACUUCAUUGGCUUCACCAUGAUGUGCUUCGGUGCUUGUGAUUCACUCUGCUCAUACUUGUUUGGGAAAAUAGCACCCUAUACUGGGAGAAUCGCCCUGUUCUGCUUGGCUGCCCUGUCCAACUUCGGCUGUAUCAUGGGUCUCCUGUUCUGGAGGCCUCACCCAGACCACUUCGCUGUCUUCUUCCUGAUCCCUGGCCUCUGGGGCAUGGCUGAUGCUGUGUGGCAGACUCAGAUUAAUGCUCUGUAUGGAGUUCUCUUUCCUGACCACACGGAGGCAGCGUUCGCCAACUACCGCCUGUGGGAGUCGGUGGGUUUCCUGAUGGCGUUUGGCUACAGCUCCCACCUCUGUCUCUCCACCAAGGUCUACCUGCUCCUCUCCGGCCUGGCCAUCUCCCUGCUCACCUACCCUCUGCUGGAGUACCUAGUCAGGGUGGGUCCACCUGGACUGGUCAAGUAUAACAAAGGCGGCACUCAAGAGAAUAACAUGGGAGAAUCAGAGAGCACGUCUCUGCCAGAGGGGGCGCCAGAGUCAUCGCAGGGUUAAACAGGAUUAGGGGCACUGGGGGGACCGCUAGUCACGCCUUGUUAGGCAAUCAUAACACCAAAUACUUUUCCCACAG